AUGGCCGGCUACUCUUCUGGAUAUGCUUCACAGCCAACGAAUAUCUAUUCUCCGCCUGCCGGACCGCUCCCGGGUUCAGAUAGGAAGGAUAGGGAUUCCAAAGCGUAUUUCGCAAGCGACCAACCUCCAGUAAAGCAUUGGCCUGUGCAUUCGCAACGAGUCUCCAAGAUCACCCCAUUAAGAGCGUUCAUCAUAUUCUUCGAUGCUGUACUAGCUUCGACGCCCAUCAUGUUCAUAGCGCUGGCUCUCAUUGCUGCGAGGCUUGAUGGAAAAGAGGUCAACGACUACGGACUACGUCUUCGCCAAACACUGCUUCUCUCCCCAACCAUCUUCCCUGUCAUUUUCGCAGCGCUUAUGGGACGCUGCUUCAAGCAUGUCGGCCUCUUUCUUGCCGAGCGCGGCACCACCCUUGGCCGCCUUGAACAGCUAGUUGGCUGUCAAUCGCUCUUCUCUGCGAUCGAACGUCAGAUAUCUCUCCGCUCCUGGUCCCUCGUCGGACUUUUCCUCACCCUUAUCUGGCUCCUUUCCCCCCUCGGAGGACAAUCUGCUCUUCGGUUGCUGGAUCAAGAGAACAAGUCCGUGCCGUCCACAGACACCUUUCAAUAUCUGAACCCGUUGGCUAUGCAGGAUUCUUUGAUGCUUGGUGCCAGCGCCGCCAACUCCGGAAGAAGCACGUUCACCUCAGUUUUCCUCGCCGCGCUCCUCAGCAGCUCCAAGUAUCAAAACACGUCAAUGGACCUUUGGGGUAACGUCAAGCUGCCCACCUAUCGCUCUAUCGAAAACACCACCUCUGACGACUGGAAACUGGUCCCGAACGACACCAACACAGACGUCACGUACGCAUCGUUGAUCGGAAUUCCGGUUGCAGGCCGACAUUUCGCUGGGAACAGCACCUUCAACCUCAAAGCAAGACAGUGGGACAUCACCUGCGACAGCAACGAGGAGAUGAGCAAGAAUGCCAGUGAUUUCGGCAAUGCGACCGCAACGUGGAAGCUUAACUACACCGAAAGCGGCAGGUGCGACAAGUACCCCUGCCCGUUCAGCUUUAAGUCUCUCGACGAAGCCUACAACUACACCGUUGCGAGCUGCGAGAUGUCCUACGAGUACUUUGAAGCCGGCAUAAACUGCAAUGGCACGUCAUGCGCAGCGACCCAAAUGCGCAAACUCGAUCUGCUCGAUGCUGGGUAUACCGAAGACGCAGACGACUUCACACGCGGCAAUCUCGUUCUGAACUCAAUGCUCUUUCUCCCCACCGUCGACAACUACGGCGUAGGCGAUGCCGGCGUCAGAGGCAGUACAAAUAUGGAGAAGUGGAUGAUGGAUCCGACGAACUUCAUCGGCGCGACCUACGACAACGUCAACCUUUAUCAGCUCCCUCCCGCGCUCCUCGCGGCCCGCCUCACGAUCAUAUGGAACACGUUCUUCCAAUCGACAUACGCCACCACCGCUCUCGGAGGCAGCCUGCCUUCCAAUCUAACCUCGCUUACGGUCGACAGUCCCGCCUUGACGUUCAACGAGACGACGGCUAGCAUCUCGAAUCCAUCGCCGCCGGUCUACAAGAUAAAUUGGAAAUGGUUCGUCGCGCUGCUCGUCGCGUCGAUUAUCCUGCAGAUUGCUGCGUACACGGGGCUCGUGCUGAAGUACGUCACGCUCGCGCCGGAUAUUAUUGGGUAUGCGAGCAGUUUGACGUUGCUGAAUCCGUAUGUGCCGACGCCGACGGGAGGAACGACGUUGCAUGGGCUGGAGAGAACGGCGCUGUUGCAUGAUUUGCCCGUCAGGAUAGGAGAUGUAUGCGCGAACGAGCCGGUGGGCGCGAUUGCGUUUGCGAAAGCCGACCAGGGAAUGGUGGGAAGACUGGAUCGGAGGAGGUGGUAUAUAUAG